AUGAACGAAGAACCCCCCAACUUGCCCAUUCACCUGGGUCUUAAACGAGCAGACUUGGAUCCGAUCUUUUCCUGGGGCGUCCGAAAGGGCCUGGAGGAGCCGGAUGAUGCCUACCUAGACAUUUGGAAUGAGAAGAACGACUGUGCAGUCUCCGCCGACGACCCUGAAGCACUCUGUUGGUUCGACAUCACGGUUAUCAACACUGGCGAUCUGCCUGCUUAUCGCAGCCAGCAAAUACCUCGCAGACUCACUGCUAGACUCAACUUACAGCGAGACGAAGACGAUCAAAAGCGAUUCGACAGGGCUGCAAUCAAAGCUUUCGGUGCCGUUGCCCAACUUCCGCAAGACGGGUUUAAAGCCACCCUCGCCGUUAUUGCUAUCGUCUAA